AUGUGGGACGAUGGGAAAGGCAGGGAAAGCAAUGGGAAAGAUGUGGCAGCAAUGGGGUGUGGCCAGAAAGGAGUGGCACAGCAGAUGGGAGACCAGAAAGUGUGGAUAAAACGAUGUAGAGCAAAGUCGCUAGAGCGUAGGGCCCAUAACCUGUUGAGCGCAGUGACAACGAAGCGACUGGCACAGAGAGAGUGCCAAAAAGAAGCUCUAUAA